AUGAAGAAAGGCAUAACUGAGUUUGUGGCUAUGUGCCAAAACUGUCAGCAGGUAAAGUAUGAGCAUCAAAGGCAUGCAAGUUUGCUUCAACAAAUGUCAAUCCCAGAAUGGAAGUGGAAAAGGAUAGUUAUGGAUUUCAUAGUUGGUGUUCCUAAGACGUUGGGGAAGUUUGACUCUAUUUGGGUGGUGGUUGACAAAUUGACUAAGUCAACCCACUUCAUUCCAGUUAGAGUAGACUAUAAUGCUCAGCAGUUGGCUAAGGUUUAUGUGAAGGAGAUAGUGAGGCUGCAUCGGGUGCCCCUUUCCAUCAUCUCAGACGGUGGUACACAGUUCACACAACCGUUUGAGUCACUUUAUGGGAGGGGAUGUAGAUCACCCAUAGGGUGGUUUAAGAUUGGAUAUGUGAAACCUUUGGGGGUUGAUUUGGUGAAAGAUGCUCAGGAUAAGGUAAGAAGCAUCCAAGCUAAGCUUCUAGCAGCCCUGAGUCGACAAAAAAUAUGCAUACCGUUAGGUAAGGGACAUGACAUUUCAGCCGGUGAGCAAGUUCUUCUAAAAGUGUCACCCAUAAAGGGGGUGAUGAGAUUCGGCAAGAAGGGAAAUCUUAGUCCUCAAUACAUCGGGCCAUUUGAGAUUCUUGACUGUGUAGGGCCAGUGGUUUAUAGGUUGGCUUUACCGCCUAGCCUAUCUGAAGUCCAUCUAUUGUUCCAUGUGUCCAUGUUGAAGAAGUAUCAUGGGGAUGAAGAUUAG